AGGCGGAGGCGCCGCGUAGGCCCGGAGGCCGGGCCGGCCCGGCUGGGAGCUCGAGUCCCAUGCGCCGACACCUCCCCCCACGAUGUUCCCCUCCCGGAGAAAAGCGGCGCAGCUGCCCUGGGAGGACGGCAGGUGGGAUGUUUCUUCAUGUCCGUAUUCCCGGUCUCCAUCCCACCCCCAGAGAGAGCCCCGAGGGCGAAAGAGAAUCUGUAGAGGUUCCAGCCUUCCCAAGCCACUGGCAGGAUUGGGCUCCGCUCCUCCCCAGCGGAGAGCCCUACCACAGGACAAUGGGGGGUCCAGGUUGCUGCCCAGCGGCCUCCCUCGGAAGUGCUCCGUCUUUCACCUCUUCGUUGCCUGUCUCUUACUGGGCUUCCUCUCCCUGCUCUGGCUGCAACUCAGCUGCUCUGGUGACGUGGCCCGGGCAGCCAGGGGACAAGGGCAGGAGACCCCAGGCCCACCCCAGUCCUGCCCCCCAGAGCCGCCUCCUGAGCACUGGGAAGAAGACUCAUCCUGGGGCCCCCACCGCCUGGCCGUGCUGGUGCCCUUCCGCGAGCGCUUUGAGGAGCUCCUGGUCUUUGUGCCCCACAUGCAUCGCUUCCUGAGCAGGAAGAAGAUCCAGCACCACAUCUACGUGCUCAACCAGGUGGACCACUUCAGGUUCAACCGCGCGGCCCUCAUCAACGUGGGCUUCCUGGAGACCAGCAACAGCACGGACUACAUCGCCAUGCACGACGUGGACCUGCUGCCCCUCAACGAGGAGCUGGACUACGGCUUCCCCGAGGCCGGGCCCUUCCACGUGGCCUCCCCGGAGCUCCACCCGCUCUACCACUACAAGACCUACGUGGGCGGCAUCCUGCUGCUCUCCAAGCAGCACUACCAGCUGUGCAACGGGAUGUCCAACCGCUUCUGGGGCUGGGGCCGUGAAGAUGACGAGUUCUACCGCCGCAUCAAAGGGGCCGGGCUGCAGCUUUUCCGCCCCUCGGGAAUCACAACUGGGUACAAGACAUUUCGCCACCUGCAUGACCCAGCCUGGCGGAAGAGGGACCAGAAGCGCAUCGCCGCUCAAAAACAGGAACAGUUCAAGGUAGACCGGGAGGGCGGCCUGAGCACCGUGAAGUACCGCGUGGAUUCCCGCACUGCCCUGUCGGUGGGCGGGGCCCCCUGUACUGUCCUCAACAUCCUGUUGGACUGUGACAAGGCCGCCACCCCCUGGUGCAUGUUUGGCUGAGCCGGCAGACAGUAAGGAAGCCUGUGCCCACAGGCCUCACAGCUCCUCAGGCUCAGGACAAAGCCUCAGGCCCGGCGCCCUACUCCAGUAGGACGUGGAGGGGCCCAAAGCAGCGCCUAGCAAGCCACCCGCUUGCAGCAGCCCCGCCCCCCUGGGGGCAGGCUGGACCCGGGACGCUGCUAGCAAUGAACAGCAGUGGAGAGAGGCUGGAACACGGCUCCCACCUGGGACCGCCCGCCCCCUUCCUGCUUGCCCUGCUCUGCCCGCCUUGGCGUGCUUAGACCUUGGUUCCUUCCCCUGGACCGCGUUGGGCAGAAGCCAGGUGGCGGACAUCGGUGGCCAGGCGAUCCAGAAGGUUGGAACUGCAGAAACUGGCGUGCAGGUCCCACAGGAAGGGAACUGCGGAGGCCAGCUCCUGCUGGGUGUCAACUGUGCAGGAAUGUGGGCCCCGUGUUGCCGGAUCUUCUGAUUUUUUCAAAAGAAACUAGAAUUCUGGAUUCUUACGUGAAAUUGGGUACUUUUUAAACGCUAGCAACUAACUGAAACUUCAGAAAAGGAUGGUGGACCAGACAAAACGUGUUGUGGACCACCAGUUUGUCGCCUGUGACCAAGCGGAGGGGGAUGGGGCAAAAGAUGGCACCUCCCUUAGUGAUGAGCUGGCAAGGGGUUGGGACAGGGCUGGGGAUGCCAAGGCCAGGGAAAGCUCAGGUGGGAGAGAAGCUGGAUGGAGGGCAAGGUUCCUGCCACCUCCCACAGCCCUCCAGGCUUCGCUGCCCUUCUGGGCAGUCUGGUCCCUCUGGGGUCGGGGGGGCUUCAUCCUGCCACACUGGGAUGGACAGUCAUAGAUCCACAGGCCCAGACUCAGGGUAGGCAGAAGGUGCCGGCAAGGACCUGGUCGUAGCUUGAAGGUGGGAAGACCACGUCUCUGAGGUGGGAGGAAGAAGAUGAGAAGCAGGAGAAUCCUGGGUUGUUCCCACAAGCAUGAGGGCAGAUUAGCACUGAUCACACGAUGUCCAGGAGAAGCAAAGGAGGGGAGCCAUGGGAGACCAUGGAAUUGGGGAGUGACCUUGGAGGAAUUACCUGCAAGGAAGCCUGGGGCCAAUGAGAGUGUGAGGUGAGGGGCUCUGCAAGGUAGAGCACUCCUUCAAGGCAUCUGACUGCCAAAGAUUUGGGCCAGAAGUCAGGAGAGUCUUGGGACCAGGGCAAAUUGGUUUGUUUAACAAUAAACAGGACACCUGAAAUGCCAGAAGAAGGGAGUGAAGUCCCAGAGUUCGGGAGGGUGGAUUCAACAGCUGUGCUCCAAAAAGACUACUCCUCUGAGGAUGAUCUCAGGGCUGCUGUGUACAGUUGUGGGGGUUGUGCACUGCAUCACCUGAGCGGAGUGUGAGUACAAUGUAACUAUUCAGAUGUCUAACAGAGGGUCCUUGUUAUCCUAAAGUGACCUCUUCCAGCAGUUCAGCUUCACUCAGCAUGGUGAGGGGCGAGCAUAGGGCGAUGACGGUGCAAGGGCAGUGGGAGGGACUUGGUCAACUUGAGGCCCAGGAGAGGGGAGUGAAGUGCUCCCUGUGGGCCAGUCUCUCGACAACCCUGGCUGCAUCAUCUUGGACUUCUAUAACAUGGAGGCAGAACGCCAACCUCUUUGGAGUUGGUGAGACUGGACGUGCCAUCAGAGCCCCCAGCUCGGUACUCACCUAGCACGUAGCAAGACCCACAAGAAUAGGGAGCUCCCUCCUUGCCACCUGCAUGGAAGGAGUAGAAUGAAGCAGGACCAGCUGCCUUGGCUGGGGAAGGCCCCCUACCCGCUCCCCCCAUGGCCACUGCCACCACCUUCCAGGAGCCCAGAGGCACCCCGGGCCAGGCCUGAUGCAGCCUGAAUGUGCAGCCUCCGUGCUUCUCCAGCCGGGGCCUCCCCACCCACCCACCCCUGCCCCUCCAGCAGAGGAGGAGGAGGGGGCUGAGCGGUGGCUGGCUCGGGGAGGAAGUAGACAGCUUGGCACCUUGGUUGCCUGCUCCACGGGGGGAGCUGACAUCCUUGUCUUGCCGGCCAGGACGUGGAGGAAUUGGACCCAGGACAUAGCUGGUGUGGCAUUUGGCCAACCUGGUGGCUAGAAUAGCACCUAGCCCUCAGGGGGCAUUAACCACAUACAGAAGUCUUGCCAUUGCGUUCUCUCAUGAAGCGUCUCUUUAUCUAAGCUAUCUCCUAAUUAUUCACCUGUUCUAUAGACGAGGAUGAAGCAUAGAGUGGUAAGUAGCUUGCCAAGGUCAGAGAGCUGAUACCUGGUGGAGCUUGGGAUUUGGACCCCAAGACUUCGACUUGAGAGCCAGAUUCCUUCAUCCCUGGCCUGUACAGCAGGUGCCAAGAGACAGAUGUUCCUUUCCUUCCAGACCUUCCCUCCUCUCCCCAGCCAGAGGGGGCCAAUGGGAGGGCUGGUCAAUGCUGUCUGGUGCCCCUCCCACCUCUGGGACAAAAGCAGAGCCAGGGGGGCGAUCCACAGUGUCUGCCCCUUGCCGCCUCUGCCUGGGGUAAGGUGGGGAUUUGCCUGUUGGAGAGGUCCCUUGGGACAUUGGCGGCAUCCACAGCAUGGCAUUCUGCCUGAGGAAUGUACCAGGGGCUUGGGGAAGGCCUCCCCCAAAAGGCAGGAUCUUGCUGGUGGAACCACAUUGCAGUCCCAAUGGGAAGGGUUCCAGAGAGAUCAUCAAGGACAAGGCAGAAACACACCGGAGACAGCGUGUCAUGUUGAGGGACCUGGAAGCAGUUCAGGGUGUCCCUGGUACCCUGAUGUGGUGUAGGAGUUGGGGGAGGUGGGCAGCAGAGGGAAGGCUAAGGUGACCCCUGAGGACCUGGGAAGGCCACACUGAGCAACAUGUACAUUAUUCCGUGGGCGCAGGGGUUUCAAGCAGGAGAGAGUUUCUGAGCAGGGAGACAUAUGGUUAGGUCUGUGUUACAGAAAGAUCCUUUGGGAUCUAACACCCCGCCGGUCCGGGGGGGGUGGAGGAUGGAGUCUGGGGGAGGGAUAGCUUAGGCUGAACAAGACAUGAUGAAGCCAGACUGAGGCCAAACAAACAAGGACACUAGAAGAACUUAAGGCCACUGGCACCUAAAGCUACAGGAACCAUUAAAUUGGUCCAACUCCUAGCCAGACUAACAUCAAACUUCACAUUAAAGGUUUAUAUCAGUCCCUUUAUCUAAUAAAUCAUGCAUUACAAGCCUUGCAAAAAGGCAAGAAAAAAAAA